AUGGCACAAAGAAAAGGAGACGAAAGUCUUGAAGAACUAACGAUUUUAAUGUUAUGUGAUAAUAAAACAAAUACACUUAAACGUAUUGAAAUUCUUUUACAACAACUUCUGUACUAUCUAAAAGUCUUUUAUGAACCAGAUGAAUGUAUUGAUUACAUAAUAUCAAUUGAAAAUGAAAAUAAAAAAGUCUUAUUAAUUCUCGUUGGUGAUGUGUAUGGUACAUAUGAUAUGAUUGAUUUAAUUUAUGAAAUACAACAAAUUUUAUUUAUUUAUAUUUUAUAUGAUAAUAAAUAUGAUUGUAAAAUAAAAUAUUUAAAUAAUUUAACGAAAAAAGUUGUUGGAGAAUUUAUUGAUGAAAAUUUAUUGUAUAAAAAGUUAGUUAAUGAUAUUGAAAAAUAUAAUACAAUAAUACCAAUGACAAUAUGUAACUUAAAUGAUAUUAAUCCACAAAAAUCAAUUCGUGAUUUAACUAAAGAACAAUCAAUAUUUUUAUGGUAUCAAUUUUUAAUUGAAAUAUUAUUACAAUUUCAUUUUGCAUAUAAUUCAAAUAAUAAUAAUAAUAAUGAUAAUAAUGCCAUAUGGUGGUAUACACGUGAUUCAUUUUUAUAUCGAUUAUUAAAUAAAGCGAUAAGAACAGAAAAUAUUGAACAUAUAAUGAAAUUUCGAUUUUUCAUUAAUAACUUACAUAAACAACUAACAAAAUUACAUACAGAAUAUAUUCAAGAAAUGUUAUCAACAACAACAACAAUGUUGACGGUAUAUCGUGGACAAUUUGUACAUAUAAAUGAAUUGGAAAAAUUUAAAUUAAAUAUAGGUAAUUUAAUAUCAAUGAAUACAUUUCUAUCAACAACGGCAAACAAAGAUGUUGCAUUAAUAUUUGCUGGUGAUGGUGAUGAUGAUAAUGAUGAUGAGAAGGAUAAAGAUGGUAGCAUUAAUAAGCAAAAUUAUCUAAAAUCUGUUCUAUUUAAAAUUGAUAUUCCUAUUCAACAUUCACUAACAACAAAACCAUAUGCUGAUAUAUCAAAAGUUAGUUAUAUGAAAGAUGAAAAUGAAAUAUUAUUAGGUAUGGGUUCUAUAUUUCGUAUUGUAUCUGUUGAUAAAUUAAUUAUUGAUCAUCAUCAUCAUCAUAUAUGGGAAGUAAAACUUUUAUUUAGUGAACAAGAAGAUAAACAUAUUAAUGACUUAAUGAAUUAUAUAGUUAAAAAUGAAAUGAAUGAAACAGCUGAUUUAUUAAUAAUUGGAAAAUUUUUUGCUCAUAUGGGUGAAUUUGAUAAAGCAUUAAAAUAUUAUGAAAUAUUAUUAAAAGAACAACAACAAAUACCAUCAUCAAAUAUUUUAUCAGCUAUCUAUAAUAAUAUAGGAUAUAUACAUAAACAAAAGAAUAAUUAUGAAUUAGCAUUAAAUUAUUAUGAAAAAUCAUUAAAUAUUGCAAAUAGAAAUAGAAAUGAAAUUGAAAUUAUUUAUAUAUUAAAUAAUAUAGGUGAAAUAUAUUCAACUACAUGUAAAUAUGAUGAAGCACAUAAUUCAUAUAAUAAAGCAUUUAAUAUCUAUAAUGAUUACUUUUCAUCAUCAAACAAAUCAUUUCCUAUUCUUUCAACAUUAUAUAAUAAUAUGGCCCUAUUAUAUAUAAAUAAUAAUGAUUAUAAAAAUGGAUUAAUUUAUUUAGAAAAGUCAAUUUUAAUUCAAGAACAAAUUGUUCCAUCAUAUCAUCCUAGUUUAGCUACAUUAUAUGGAAAUAUAGCUAGUAUAUAUCUUGAUCAAGGUAUGCAUACAAAUGCAUUAAUCUAUUAUAAUAAAACAAAAGACAUACAAGAAAAAAUCUUACCAAUAUAUCAUCCUGAUUUAGCAACAUUAUAUAAUAACUUAGGAACAAUUUAUGAUUAUUUAAAUAAUUAUAAACAAUCAUUAUUUUAUUAUCACAAAUCCUUGGAUAUACGACAAACAUAUUCAGAUUAUCAUACAAAUUCGGGUAUUGCUAAAAGACGCGAACACCUACGAACAUCCACGAACACCCAAAAAACUUUUUAUAGUUUCGCUUUUUUAACAAACAUUUUUAAUUAA